UACAUGAUCUUUGUCCUGCGUAGGCGUAAACUCAAGUUUCAAGUAUUUGGAUAGCUGGCUGCUGUUGGGCGAUACGCUUGUCGCCAACAAAAGUAGUACGAAUGAGAGCUCCCAAAUUUGUGACGUAAAAUUCAAUCUUUACUAAUUGAAUAUGUCCACCACUUUUCAAGCCCAAAUUUCCUCUUUGGGAAAUAAAAGUAAACAUUUAGCAGAACUUCAAAAGCCAGUGAUUCGUCCUUUAAUACAACUUGCUGUUAAGUCCAUUCAAAGAGAUCACAUUGAAGAAGGAGUAUUGGACAGGAUUUGUGAAAAGUACAAUAUUUCACAGGAAAAUGUCGAUUUAUGGUAUAAUGCAGUGUUCAGAAUCUUACACACCCAUCUGCGAUUAUCACCAGGUUCCAUCAAACCCACCGAGUUCAAGGAAUGCCUGCAAGAAUUGAAAUUAUCUGCAGAUUGCAUAGAAGACUUAUCCACUGUUGUUUAUGGGCCUAGGAGAAUUAUUUUGAUCAAUGAAUUGAUGCACAUAACUCAAUUUUACCCACAAUUGAAGUCAUGUCGAUGGCGGAUUGAUAUUAACAUCUCUUCGAGCAUGUUAUCGAGAGUCUUGGAGCCAAGUAUCAUAAUGGAAUGGACACUAACCUCUGGAGAAUCCAAGACUUUUGAACUAUCCAUGGCCCAAUUUCAUAAACUGAGGCAUGCUGUGGCAAGUCUUCUAAAGGAGAUUCAUGUUCUGGAACAUCGCAACACAUUGAGAAACUACUCGAUUCCUAGUAUAGAUGGCAAAUGACAAGUCACUGGUCAAGUGUUGCCUAAAAAAUAAUAGAAUUGGAAUACAGAGUAUUUUAAGUGCCAUUUCGGAUUUGAUAUCCAUUACAAAGUAGUAAAUGUUACCUUUACAAUAAUCAGGAAAUCUUGUGUGCAUAGAAGUUUCUAAUAAGUUCAUACUACAAAGCAGUAUACAUUGUAUUGUUUGUAUAAAUAUAUUAUAAAUAGAAAGUA